AUGAAGGCUGCGCCGAAGCUAGCGUGUCAAUAUGAUUUUGACCACUACAUGUGCCACGUUGGAACUGGUGAAGAAACCUCUCAAACAUUUUAUUACAUCAAAGAAGUUGUGCUUCUGUGGAGAAAGUUCAGGAAAAGCAAGAGAAUUAUCAUGGUUCUUUUUCCAUCUUUUGUGAAUGGAUUGGCGAGAACCGUGUCAAUCAAGAAAGAGAAGAAUUGUAAAAAGGAAGAUGGAAGGAAAGCUGCGGAAGAACUGGCAAAGGAAGCAAGGAAGAAUGAAUUGUUACUGAGUUCAUCUGGAGUUGUUAAGUCGACCAAGGCCAACAAUUUCGUUUCCGUGUUCACUAAUAAGGGUCAGAAAGGAGUCAAUCAGGAUCGUCUUCUAGUUUGGGAGGAAUUUGGAUGCCAACAAGACAUGAUGUUCUGUGGAGUUUUUGAUGGGCAUGGCCCUUGGGGACACUUUGUAGCCAGAAGGGUCAGGAAACUACUGCCAGCCUUUUUGCUCUGCAAUUGGCAGGAAAACCUGGCUGCGACAUCACUUGACCUAGAUUUCCAGAUGGAAGCAGACAAACAUAUCCAUGGAUUGGACAUGUGGAAGCACUCCUACACCAAGACUUGUGCUGCUGUUGAUCAGGAUCUGAAGAAGCAAACUGGGUUUGAUUCCUUUCUUAGUGGCACGACAGCAUUGACAAUUAUCAAACAGGGUGAAGAUCUUAUUAUAGCAAACAUAGGUGAUUCUAGGGCUGUCUUGGCAACCACCGCAGAGGAUGGCACAUUAACUCCACAUCAGCUUACCACUGACUUCAAGCCAAAUUUACCACAGGAAGCUGAACGCAUAACGCAGUGUAGAGGGCGGGUAUUUAGUUUGGAAGAUGAACCAGGAGUGUACAGGGUGUGGAUGCCAAACGGUAAAACACCAGGACUAGCAAUAUCUAGAGCCUUUGGAGACCACUGCAUGAAGGACUUUGGACUAAUCUCUGCACCAGAUGUCACACACACCCAACUUACCACCAGGGAUCACUUUGUCAUCUUGGCAACUGAUGGGGUAUGGGAUGUCAUAUCCAACCAGGAAGCAGUGACGGUUGUUUCUGCAACGCCACAUAAAGAAAAAGCAGCUCAAAGGCUCGUGAAAUUUGCCAUACAUGAAUGGAAACGGAAGAAAAGUGGCAUUGCUAUGGAUGACAUGUCAGCUAUUUGCCUCUUUUUUCACUCUUCCCCUUCCCAUCAACUCCCAGCCAUUAAGAUUGUUGAUUAA